AGGGGGAUGCACAGUGAGAAAACAUAGAUUUAGGUCAAAAAUAUCGAUAUUUUAAAAUUAAUUGAUUUUAAUAGUUUAAAAUGUCUAGAAUACGAAUUCCCUAUCAGAAUACUAAAAAAAAUACGUUUUAUACAUCAAUUUUGUAUUUUAAAUGUAGAUAUAUAAGCAAAAUUUUGAUGUUUUGGUGAAAAAUCAACAUUUUGUAAGCUAUAGUUGAUAAGCUAAUGUACGCUCUCAUCCCUAACAGAUGGUAUCGAUACAAAGGUCUACUUUUCUAGUUCCGAUUAUGUGCAUGGUUUCUCAUUCUAUAAAUAAAUAGUACUGCAAUGAACUUUCAAAAUACGUCACUACCUCUUUUUUUCCCCUAUAUCCUCAUAUACACACCCACAAAGCCAUAUUUACGCAUGCGCACCAUCAAAGCUUCUAUAGUUACUGUAAUUACACGCAUGCGCACUGAAAAAGCUUCCGUAACUACAAAGUAUGCACGCAUGCGCACAUGACGUGAACCGGUCCUUCUUCUGUAAACUUCCAUCACAUCAACAAUCGAUUCAUUAUUGAAACUCAGAAAUGCCAACAAAAGGUUAUAUGUUUGGAAAGAAAAAACGUUACUGUAAGCCCAGAGGACGACAUGCUUCAAAGACAAAUGCACAAUUACAAAGCUCUGUUUUGGAUACAGCUGGAUCUGAAGCAGCAACAACACAGCCUGCAAGUGCAGCUGAGCGAAAAAUAUCCCUAACUGCAGUUACUAACGCUGAUAACACCAAUAAGAGGCUGCCUGAAGAUUUCAUAUACGUCAUGAUGAAUUCAAUGCAAUUGACCACAAUGGUCUCCUUGUUGUGCUGUCCACAUUGCUUUGACAACAAAUUAACUAUGUGCAUCACACAAUCAAAAGGCAUGGCUCAUUUGAUUAAAAUCAAAUGCCUAAAUUGUGAAACAUAUUUGUGGUCCGACUGGACCUCAAAAAAAAGUAAUGAUGUUCAUCUGGAUAUUAAUGUCCGCGCUGUCGCUGCAUUAAAAGAAUCUGGAAUCUCGCAUUCUAAAUUUGAUAGGUUUUGUGGACUUAUGAGUAUGCCCUGCAUGCACAGAAAUACUUAUAACAAUCUAGCUAACAUAGUCAAUUCCGCUAUAAUUGAAGCUGGUGAAGAAUGUAUGAUUAGGGCAUCUGCUGUUGUGCAUGGAAGAAACAUUUCACAACCUCUAACUACAGAUGAAAGAAUAAGUUCAACAGGCUGUCCUGUUAUUACAGUUUCUUUCGAUGGGACUUGGCAUAAAAGGGGCCACUCAUCUCAUUCAGGAAUUGGCACAGUUAUUGAUUUUGAUACUGGACUCGUCAUCGACACCGAAGUCCUAUCAAAUUAUUGCCAUGUUUGUGAUUCAAACUCUGCAGAACUAAACUUUGAUGCCUCUAAGCAUAUGUGUCAAAAAAACUUCAGUGGCUCAGCAAAUGCAAUGGAGGCCGCAGCAGCAUCCAAAAUCUUUUCGCGCUCUGUGGCAUCCAGAAAACUUGUUUAUGGCACGAUGCUGUGUGAUGGCGAUAGUAAAUCGCAUUCAUCUGCCAUUACCAACUCAGGAUAUGAUGUAGAAAUCUUAAAAGAGGACUGCAUUAACCACAUCUCAAAAAGAAUGUUUAAUGCUUUGAACAAUUUAAAAAUGUCUAACAAAAAAGAACUAAAUUAUAGGCUUACAAAGCCAAAAAUUGAAAAAAUUACAAAUUACUAUUCCAAAGCUCUGCGCCAAAAUGCUCCCGACAUUCAAAAAAUGAAGCUGGCUGUUAUGGGCUCAUUUUUUCAUAUGAUGAGCUCAGACCUAGAUCAUAACCACAGGUUGUGUCCUGAUGGCGCUACAUCUUGGUGUCACUUUAACCCACGAAGCGUCGUCGGCCGAUUAUAUCGGCCGACAUUUCGUUUCUGUGGCGUCCCGGCCGAUAUAAUCGGCCGACUUUAGACUGCUGAUUUUCUAUUCCAAUCCACGUUUUAAAGUGACCAUUUUUAAACUUCAGAUCUAUUAGACAUUCUUCUUCCUGUCAGAUCCAAAAAUAGCCCAUUUCCCCAUCUGUUUUUGUGUUUACAUUCUGAUUAUUCACCGGCGAAUUUUUCUUGCAAUGUCCGAUGCUAGCCCGGGUCCAUAAGAUGUUACAAAACAUAAAGUUUCAAAUACUUUUAGUUGUUCUUUUUUAAUAUUACAAUUAGAUUUAGAUCUAGGAAUAAUGAGAAUAUUUUAUAUAUUAGAUCUAGAUCUAUUCAUGAAGAGGCCGAUGAUUUAUGUCCGUACUGUCCGUAGUCAUCUAAAGUCUAGAGUCUAUAUCUAGACUCUAGACUAGAGACCGGACUGGAUCUGCACCUAGACCUAGUCAAAAUUUAGUGAAAUUUAAGACAUUUUAAGAUAGAUUGAAGCAUAUUAAUGAUAAUAUUGACUUCUUUAUGCAUUAAGUAUUCUAUUUCUUCAAUCUUUAAAUGCUUUUAACUAAACUGAACAAAAAAAAAACGAUUUUUAUCUAUUUUUUUUUCCUUCACUGUUAGUUGUAUUAAAAGGGUAACCAAGUCACUAAAAAAAAUUUUUUUUUUCAAAUUUAAUGGUCCAUUUUUAACAAAAUUAUAUCUAUUUAUAAAGGAAAAUAAAUGGGCUAUCCAAUUACAUCAAAACGUUUGUUAUAGCUCUAAAAAUGUUUCUCACAGAGGUCAGCAAACAAGCUUUUUUGUUGAUAAAAAAAAUCAAUCAUACUAAUUAGGUCAGGGUCAAGGUCAACUGAUCAAAUUCAGGUGUUCAAUAUAUGAUCUAUAGUGUUCGCUGUCCAAUUACCUUUCAGAAUAUAUAUAAAACAUGGAUAUCAACCUUCACUUUAUGGCAUUUUAAGACCAUUUUCUAACAUGCAUUAAAAAUGCUAAAACUCCCCGAACGCCAGGGAAAGUUUCUUAAGACGCUUCGUGGGUUAAGAGAUCAGAGGCACUAAAACAGCCAUAUAAAAAACACAACCAGACCAUCACAUCAGAAAUAGGUAAACUGUUAUUUCCUAUAAUGAAAAGACUAACAGACACAGAUCUGUUAAAAAGAUGUUCUAGAAUGGGAACACAAAACGCCAAUGAAUCUUUUCAUUCCCUCAUUUGGCAAAGAUGCCCCAAAACAGAAUUCGCAACAUUAAAAACGGUAAGGGCUGCGACAUACCUUGCUGUUUUAGCCUUCAAUAAUGGACCUGUUGGCAUCAGAUCAGUUUUUGACAUAUUAGGCAUUCCCUGGACACUAAAGAACAUUUCUUCUAGUGAGAAAAAGCAAAAUGUCAAACUACAGCUUGUUAGAAAAAGAAAAUCAAUCGCAUUAGUGUCCAGGAGAAAAAACUUGAAAAAACGAAGAAUUGAGCAUGAGCACCGGGCAGAGGUUCUAGAAGGUCCAACCUAUCAAUCAGGCCAUUUUAAUGAAUAGUUUUUUGUUUUUUUUAUUAUCUAUUAUGUUGUUUUAUGUAAAUAUUCCCUUUUUUUUCAUUUUUAUGGUUACAAUAAAUAUUUUAUAUCAUUUUAAAAACUUUAAA